GAUCCAAGAUUCUGCCAGCAAUCCAAUCCCAAUCAUAUUUCAAUUAUUGAUUCAUAAUUUCCAUGAUCUCGAUCUCGGAUCGCCAUCCAAAUUUGCAAUAAAAUCCCACACAAAAAAAAAAUAUAUUCAUUUGAAUCUUCUUGUUACAUUCUAUUAUUUUCAUAUUUCCCCCUAUUCCAUUCAAUCUUUUGUUCAUUUCAAACAACAGAUUGAAUACGAAAUCCGGGGGAAAGGGAAAAAAAACACGAUGGAAACACCUACAACAACCACCGUCGUUGAUCAACUUUCCCCUAAACAUAACAACCUAAAAUCCUCUUCGUUUUGUCUUAGAUCACCCUCGUUGAACUCUGUCCGCCUUCGUAGGAUUUUUGACAUGUUUGAUACCAACCAUGAUGAAUUGAUCACGGUUGAUGAACUAAGUCGCGCGUUGAUCCUUUUAGGACUUGAUGCGAAUAUGAAUGAAUUGGAUUCUAUUAUCAAGACUUUCAUUCAACCUGGCAAUACCGGGCUUACAUUUGAUGAUUUCCAAUCUUUGCAUAAGGAGAUUGAUGAUCUAUUUUUUCGGUUGGGUGAUAGCGACGAUUUAGGUAAUCAAGAUGGAGACAAAGAUGAGGUUGCGGAUAGUGAUGUCAAGCAAGAGGAGACCGAUUUAACCGAGGCAUUUAAGGUGUUUGACGAAGACGGGGAUGGAUACAUAUCGGCCACAGAGCUACAAACCGUGCUUGUUAAGUUAGGAUUCGCGGAAGGAAAUGAAAUGAGGAGAGUCGAGAUGAUGAUUUCAUCUGUCGAUAGAAAUCACGACGGGCUUGUUGAUUUCUCGGAGUUUAAGGAAAUGAUGCGUAAUGUGAGUGUUGUUCUUAAGUAAGUUAUAAUCAUCGAUCAUCUUCUUCGAUUUCCUUGUUCAUUAGAGGUUGUUUCGGUUAAAGGUUGUUGUAAGUGUAUGAUAACGGUUUUCUCCAUCGGAUGCAAAAGUUCAAAGUGUGACAAAAUGUAUAUUUGGAGGGGGAUUUUUUUCGGUUUUUUUUUUCCUUCUUUUAUUCUCCUUUACGAUGUUGUAUUCUUUUGUAACAUUGGCAAUUAGAUACAUUGGGAAAGUAUAUUACUAAAAAUUCCUUUUUUUUUGCG